GCUACUUCGACUCGGCCGCCAUCGUCUUCGUGUUGUACAGCGAUGCUGACUGACUUUUGCGCAUACCUUGCCAGUGAAUCAUCGUCUUGAAGUGGCCUCGAACUCUUGACCCUCGGGCGCGUAGGCCAGAGGGCCUGAUGGCGACAUGACUGGCGUGCUUAUCGGUAUCGCCGUCGCCCGUAUGCCGCCCCAUUUGUCAGGCUCAGCGACCCGGAGCCUCUUCCCCUUUCCCCCGAGGCACCCUAGCGGUCGUAGCUGUCCUUGACCUCCAUUCUCUUAGCCUACCAUGGCCUUCGGAACGGUGACGCUGAACGACGGGCAUGCGAUUCCUGCAAUUGCCUACGGCACCGGCUCCAAGUGGAAGCAGAAGAGCGUUGUCGAAUAUGUCGCUACGGCAAUCGACACCGGCUUUAGCCACAUCGACACGGCCCAACGUGCGUUGUCCCCAACCUCAUUUCAUUCCCAAGUUGCUUAUAUUUCAUCAGAAUACUCCACCGAACCGGACGUCGGUCAAGCUAUCCGUGAAUCCGGUCUUGCUCGGUCGGACUUCUUCGUGACCACCAAGUUCGGCGGCGGAGAGGUACAGGAAGAGUUCAAUAAGAGCUUGAACAACCUGGGCCUCAAGCAAGUCGAUCUGUACCUCAUCCACUUCCCCACUCCGCGCAUUGUGGGCGAGAAAGGCGUUGCGGGAACAUGGCUCGAACUGGAGAAGAUCAGGAACAGCGGCAGGGCGAAGUGCGAUUGCCUACUGCCUAUCAUCACCCUUGUCGUACUUACAGAAGCUGCUAGAUCCAUCGGUGUUAGCAACUUCCAGGUCAGCCACCUGGAGUCCGUCGCCGAGGUGUCCACCAUCACACCUGCAGUCAACCAGAUCCAUCUGCAUCCCUAUAACUAUGCAGAGAUGAAGCCCGUGCUACAGUACUGUGCGGCCCACGGGAUCGUCGUUGAAGCGUACAGCAGCCUCGACCCCAUAACGAAGUUCCCGGGUGGCCCCGUCGAUGCACCGCUUGUUGCCGCUGCCUCCCGACGCGGCGCUACGCCGGUGCAGGCCCUCUUUCUCUGGGUGCGCGCCAAGGGCGUAGUCAUCGUCACCACCAGCUCAACGAAGGCGCACAUGGAGGAGUAUCUCGCUGUCGGCGACCUUGAACCGCUAACGCCCGAAGAAGUAGCCGCCAUCGACGAGGCUGGGAAGGACGGCCCGCCUCCUGUCACCGCCGUUAUGCUAGCACGCCGUCAGUUGACCGCCCUUGCGCUGUGGCGCGUUGUGAUACAUAUGAUUCUCGCAGUGAUUAUGCUGACCUUGGGGUGGAAAACUGGCUGGCUGCUGGUGAAGGGCUAGAUAGAGGGACGCUCCGGAGAUCAUCGUGAUUGUAUAGGGGGAAUUUGGUGUCGUACUUCGACUGCCCUUGUGAAGCUUGUUGCGCCUGAUUC